AUGGUCCGUCGAAAAAGUUUAAAAGUGCAGGAAAUGGAAUCUCGACUUGCUGAAGCAGUAUUAGGAGUUCAAAAUGGAAAGUAUAAGUCUUCAUAUGAAGCUGCAAAAGAACUGGGGCUUUCUAAAGAUACUGUGACGCGACGCGUCAAAGGGGGUUCAUCGCGUUCUGAAGCACGUCAAUCGCAACAGAAACUUUCUGCUGUACAAGAGAAUGUACUUCUUAAGUGGAUAAAGCAAUUGACAAUUAGCGGCUAUUCACCAGGCCAUCAGUUGUUAAAAGAAUUGGCUGAGGAGUUACGUUCAAAACGGACUUAUAAUUUGGAUUGCCCCUCAUUUGACUCCCUUGAACUCCCACCACAACACCUUCUUGGUUAUGAAUGGGUUCCACGAUUUAUCAAACGACAUCCUCAUCUUACAGUUGUUAUUGGCCGUCGAAUUGAAUCUGUAAGAAUGGAUAGUGCAACCAGGGAAACAUGUAGUACUUGGUUUGACGCGUAUCAAAAAGCGAUUCAGGAUUAUGGAAUUGAGAAGAAAGACGAAUACAAUAUGGAUGAAUCUGGACAUUCAAUUGGGACAAUGGAAUCAACCCGAAUUAUUAUCGAUUCUACACUUCGUACAAAACAUCAAGCACAUCCAGGCCGUCAAGAGUGGAUUUCAAUGGUAGAGUGUAUUUGUGCGGAUGGAUCUAUUCUUCCACUACUCGGGAUUUUUAAAGCUCACUGCCUUCAAAAUCGAAUUGUACUUCUUAUAAUUCCUCCUCAUACCUCGCAUUUGCUUCAGCCACUUGAUGUUGCGGUUUUCGGUCCAUUGAAAAAACGGCUCACCGCAGCACUUUCUGAUUUGAAUCAAGCUCAACUUGUACGAAUACAAAAGAUUGAAUGGAUGGAGGCAUAUAUUAAAGCUCGAGCCGAUGUAUGCCAUCAUCAAAAUAUCGAAUCGGCAUGGCGGGGAGCUGGGUUACAUCCAUUUAAUCCACAGAGAGUGUUCCGUACACUGGGUCGAGAGUUUACCCCCGAAGUCGAAAUAUCCAAAGAACCAACCCAAUUUGAUAUUUUUAAUCAAGUCUUCGUCAAUAGCUCACCCCCGGAUGUAGCAAUCUUACAAACAGCAAAUAACCUUUUAAAUUCAACAAUUGAAAAUGAUACAACUCUUUCAACCCCGGUUCGUCAAUACAUUCGAAAAUUGACGAUUGGGAGUGAGCAACUUCGAGCUCAAAGUAUUGUUCACCAACACGAUGCGAAUAAUUUACGAGCUAUUAUGAAGAAACGUACGAUACGUAAGAAAGGAAAGAGACUAGUUUUGAAGGGUCAUUUUCAUAUUUCUACGCAAGAAUUAUGUGAUGCAGUAGUGGAAGCCGAAAAAGCUACUAAAGUACAGACAAUGAAAAAAGGAAAAGGGAAAGGGAAAGUAAUUGAAUAUGAGACUGAAACUGAAGAGGAUAUUGGAGAAGAAGUUGAAGAUGAAUCUGAAAGUGAUAUUGGAGAUUGUAUUAUAGUUGAUUGUUGA